GCAGCGCGCGACAGAGCAGACGCGACCCGCUUCCGCGAGAGCCUGCGCACCGGGCGCCGACCGAGCCAGCGUCCACCGAGCGGCCAGCCAGCGGUCUUGGAGCCGAGCGACAGCUCGGCGCGGCCCGGUAGACCACCAGCAGCCGACCGGAGGCCGGAGCAGACCCGCAGGAUGUUGGUCGAGGGCUGUCUACCUGUGAUCCUGAUGAUAGCCGUGCUGUCCGGGCGGCAACACCUGGUCAGGGCCGACCAGGAGCACUUCAUCAGUAGCGCGCGCGUCGGACCCCUGUUCGAGGACUUUGAGCCAGACCUGUACGACUACGAGGACAAGCGGGCGCUCGACUACGGCCACCUGCGCUUCGGCAAGCGGACGGCGAGCCUCGCGUCCGCCGGAGAGUCCGGCGGACAGCUCGCCGACGCCAAACGCAACCCCGACUACGGCAUGAUGAAGUUUGGCCGGCGCUCCCCGGAUUACGGCUUCAUGAAGUUCGGUCGACGCUCGCCAGACUACGGCUUCAUGAAGUUCGGAAAGAGGCGAGCGGCAAAAUCGGCCGGUAGGAGCUGAGCGGAUCCGCCGGGCCGGGCUGGGCGAACGAGGGGCGAACGAUGGGAAAAGGAGGGACAAUACAGGGACAUUGGAUGCAAGAAAGAAACAAACGAAACCACCAUCGACCACAACCGAGAUUGACGGAUUCAACGAACCACCGACAGGACAUCAGGAGGUCGGCUGAAGGACGAUACGCCACCUCAGGGAGAUGGGCGAGUCGAGCUCCGUUCGCCGCGCGGUCAUCCGCAGAGGUCCGGACUGAUAGCGCGAGGUCGUGACUGCGGUCUCGGGUCGGGUCUGGUGAUGGAGGUGCCGCUCCGGAAUGAUUGCUGAGCAGAGGCGGCCCAAAAUGAGCCAAGUCGAGCGGCGAGCGGUCUGGUGAGCUGUGCCGAAUGUCCGCGAAUCGUUGUCCAUGAUAGCGCGCUGUGCCCGGACUGAUCCGCGUGACGUCUUCUAGUCUGUUCCCGCAGCAUACCAAAUACGUUUGCAGCAUAUAAAAGUGACCAUCAACUGGCAGACCUUUCGACGAUGAGCUCAUGUACCAAAGCACGACGAUGUGAUCCGUCGGACACAGGUUAUCCAACGCCCCUGCUUAAAACACUGAGAACUGGCACGAAAUAGGCGUGCUCGCAUCAGCUCAACGUCUUUCAGUGAAGCUCUUUUUACGAUAAUGCUGGAGCAGGCAGACUCGUGAGACAAUUAAUACAUCAAGCGAACGAAAACAA